AUGCCACAGCUGAGCCUGUUCUGGCUGGGCCUGGGACCGGUGGCAGCUGCCUCAUGGCUGCUGCUGCUGCUGGUCGGGGCCUCCUGGCUGCUAGCCCGCAUCCUGACGUGGACCUACACUUUCUAUGACAACUGCCGCCGCCUCCACUGUUUCCCACAGCCCCCCAUGCGGAGCUGGUUUUGGGGUCACCUGGGCCUGAUCCCCCCUACGGAGGAGGGCAUGAGGGACCUGACUCAGCUGGUCGUCACCUACCCCUGGGGCUUUAAGAGGUGGAUGGGUCCCACCAUCCCCAUCAUCACUUUGUACCACCCUGACUUCAUCCGGUCUGUCCUCAGUGCUUCAGCCACCAUUGCAUCCAAGGAUGUGAUCUUCAGCAGCUUCCUGAAGCCCUGGCUGGGGGAUGGGCUCCUGCUGAGCGGUGGCGACAAGUGGAGCCAUCACCGUCGCAUGCUGACACCUGCCUUCCAUUUCAACAUCCUGAAGCCCUAUGUGAAAGUUUUCAAUGAGAGUGCAAACAUCAUGCAUGCCAAGUGGCAGCGCCUGGCCUCAGAAGACAGUAUCUAUCUGGACAUGUUUGAGCACAUAAGCCUCAUGACCUUGGACAGUCUUCAGAAAUGUGUCUUCGGCUUCAACAGCAAUUGUCAGGAGAAUCCUAGUGAAUAUAUUGCUGCCAUCUUGGAGCUCAGUGCCCUUGUAGUAAAACGAAAUCGACAGAUCUUUCUGUAUACGGAUUUCCUGUACUACCUCACUCCCGAUGGAAAGCGCUUCUGCAGGGACUGUGAUGUGGUGCACGAGUUCACAGAUGCCGUCAUCCAGAAACGGCGCCGCACCCUUGAGAGCCAGGGUAUUGAUGACUUCCUCAAAGCCAAAGCCAAGUCCAAGACUUUGGACUUCAUUGAUGUGUUACUACUGGCCAAGGAUGAAAAUGGGAAGGAGUUGUCAGACAAGGAUAUACGAGCAGAGGCUGAUACCUUCAUGUUUGCAGGCCAUGACACCACAGCCAGUGGUCUCUCCUGGGUCCUGUACCACCUUGCAAGGCACUCAGAAUACCAGGAGCACUGCCGGGAGGAGGUGCGAGUGCUCUUAAGAGACCGGGAGCCUAAAGAGAUUGAAUGGGAGGACCUGGCCCAGUUGCCCUUCCUGACCAUGUGCAUCAAAGAGAGUCUGCGGCUGCAUCCCCCAGUCACUGUCAUGUCCCGCUGCUGUAACCAGGACAUUGUGCUCCCAGAUGGCCUAGUCAUCCCCAAAGGGAACAUCUGUGUCAUCAGCAUCUUUGGGAUUCAUCACAACCCGUCAGUCUGGUCGGAUCCCGAGGUCUAUGACCCCUCCCGUUUCGACCCGGAAAACCCUCAGACCAGGUCACCUCUGGCUUUUAUUCCUUUCUCGGCGGGGCCCAGGUGA